AUGGAUUUCUCCCGGUUCCUGGCCGACGACUUCGAGGUGAAGAGCUGGGUGAACGGCGCCUUCCGCGCCGUGCAGCAGGAGGCGCCGGGCAAGGUGGACGCGCACGCAGCCACGCUCGUGAUGAAGCUGCAGCUCUUCAUCCAGGAGGUCAACAACGCCGUGGAAGAGACRAGCCGGCAGGCCCUGCAGAACAUGCCGCGGGUGCUGCGCGACGUGGAGGCCCUGAGGCAGGAGGCCGCCUUCCUCAGGGAGCAGAUGGUCCUGGUCAAGGAGGACAUCAGGAGGUUCGAGGAGGACACGGCGCAGUCCAUGCAGGUUCUUGUAGAGAUUGAUCGGGUGAAAUCUAGAAUGCAGCUGGCUGCUGAAUCGCUCCAGGAAGCAGACAAAUGGAGCACGUUAAGUGCAGACAUUGAAGAGACACUGAAAACACAGGACGUAUCUGUGAUUUCUGCCAAGCUCACRAGCAUGCAGAGCAGUCUGGCCAUGCUCGUGGACACACCGGAUUACUCUGAGAAGUGCGUGCACCUCGAGGCUCUGAAGAACCGGCUCGAAGCCAUGGCCAGCCCUCAGAUUGUUGCUGCGUUUAAUGCUCAGUCUGUAGAUCAGGCAAAAAUGUUUGUUAAAGUCUUCACUGAAAUUGAUCGGAUGCCUCAGCUUCUUGCUUAUUAUUAUAAGUGUCACAAGGUGCAGCUGGUGGCCRUGUGGCAGGAUCUUUGUCAAAGUGACUUCAGCUUAAAUCGCCAGCUGACUGAGCUGUAUGACACGCUGCUUGGGACCUGGCACUCGCAGCUCCAGUGGGCAACACAGGUUUUCAAGAACCCCCAUGAGGUGGUGACUGUGCUGCUGAUUCAAACUCUGGCAGCCUUGGUGCCCUCCAUCCCGGUGUGCCUCAGCACUGCCAUGGAGCGAGUAGGCCAAGAAACCAAGCUGAACAAACUGCUGGAGCUCUACGAUGCCACCGUCCACUUCGCAAAGGGGCUGGAAAUAGCAAUGCUGCCAAACCUGAAGGAGCAGAACCUGGUGAAGGUGACGGAGCUGGUGGAAGCAGUGUAUGGGCCAUAUAAGCCCUACCAACUCGAGUACGGCGAGCUGGAAGAGGAGAACCUGCUCAUUGGGAUCAGCGCUGUGCCCCUGGAGCACUGGGAAGUAAUUGACUGUGUCCAGGAACUAAACCAUUCGGUGAACAAACUCUUCAUUCUGGCUUCUGGAGCCAUCGACAACUGCAUCAAACUUACUGAUGGACUCGGAGUGUGUGGGCUUCUCAAGGCCCUGAGAGCUCUGUUCACAAAGUAUACAUCUGACUUUACAAAUGCUUUGCAGUCUAUACGAAAAAAAUGUAAACUGGAUGAUAUCCCAUCAGAUGCACUUUUCCAGGAGGACUGGACUGCUUUCCAAAACUCUAUCCGAAUAAUUACCACUUGCGGUGAGCUGCUUCGUCAAUGUGGAGACUUUGAGCAGCAGCUUGCCAACAGGAUUUUAUCAACUGCUGGGAAAUACCUCUCGGACUCCUACAGCCCUUGUAGUUUUUCUGGCUUUCAAGAUCCCAGUUCUGCAGAGAAGAGCAGCUCUGUCAAGAACCCCUGGCAGGAAUACAAUUAUCUUUUGAAGGAGAAUCCGUCUGAGUACGCCAGCCUUAUGGAGACCCUUUACACUCUCAAGGAGAAAGGUACAAGUAACCACAACCUAUUGUCUUCCUCUCGCGCUGCCCUAAGCCGCCUCAACCAGCUCGCACACCACCUGGCUUUCGACUCCGUUUUCCUUCGCAUCAAACAACAGCUCUUGCUCGUUCCUAAGAUGGAGGGAUGGAACUCUAGUGGCAUUGGUGAGACCUUGACAGACGAUCUGCCAGACUUCAGCCUGACCCCUCUGGAAUAUAUCAGCAACAUUGGGCAAUACAUUAUGUCACUGCCUCUCCACCUUGAACCAUUUGUCACUCAGGAGGAUUCUGCUUUGGAGCUGGCAUUGCAUGCUGGAAAACUGCCUUUCCCUCCAGAACAAGGGGAUGAGUUACCCGAGCUGGACAACAUGGCCGAUUACUGGCUGGGCUCCAUCGCCAGAGCCACGAUGCAAACCUACUGCGAGGCCAUCCUGCAGAUACCGGGGCUCAGCGGGCACUCCACCAAGCAGCUCGCCACAGACAUCGACUAUCUAAUAAAUGUGAUGGAUGCCCUCGGCCUCCAGCCAUCCAGAACGCUGCAGAACAUCGUGGCGCUGCUGAAGGUGAAACCAGAGGAGUUCCGGCAAGUGGCGAAGGGCGUCCCGCGCCGAACGGCCGGCGGCGUUGCUGCCAUGCGGGGCCUCGAGUGCUGACUGCGGCCCGGCCUGCUCCCGCUCCCUGCAGACCUUCCGCGGAAGGUGAAGUCCUCUCUGGGCAUAAGAGGAGUUUAUUUAUGAAGAAUUUUAAAACUAGGAAAAGCUUGUUCGUUCUUUCUGUCUUUAGAAGUGAGGAAAGGUUUCUUAUAACCAAAUUGCCUAGAAACUGUCUGAAUAACCUUCAUUGGGUUGAAYGGUGCUGGCUUCUGGCUAAAUUGGCCUGCCGGUAGCUGGGAGAGUUCAUGCUUCAUGACAGCGGCAUGACUGUCCUUUUCAGAACAGUUUAAUGAAUUUUGAAUCUAAAAUUAUAGGGUAGGUGCAACAUAAAUCAACUGAUUGGAAGCUCCUCCAGCUGGAAGAAAUGGCCAUUGCUCAAGUCUGUCAUUAUUCACCAUCUCAAGCGCAGAGUCUCAUCAAGCAGCAGAAAACACGUGAUCAAACCCAACUCUGAGAAUAAACCCAGUUUUGUAGGUUGUUUCUUGUGAAAUGUGUACUACACCUUACAACUAAGAUGAG